GGCGCGCCUGAGCAAGUGACGGGUUAAAGAAUCCACGGGGUCCUAAAUCUGCGUUUCAUCCCUUUGAUCUGGGCGUUAGAGUCUCUCACUUGGGGGUCCAAAGACGAGCCAAAAGAAAACACCUGCCCUCCCAAUAUCCGUCACAGUCUGGCGCAGCCCUCGGUGGCGGCGCUCGCUCCUCUCAGGCCCCCAUGCAGGCCCCGCCCCGGCUCGUCCCGAGCAGACUCUCGCGAGAUUUAAGGCCGCAGGGCCGGCCCGGGCGGCUGCAAUAUGGCGGAGGCGGAAGGGGAGAGCCUGGAAUCCUGGCUGAAUAAAGCCACCAAUCCUUCCAACCGCCAGGAGGACUGGGAAUACAUAAUUGGCUUCUGUGAUCAGAUCAACAAAGAGCUUGAAGGGCCACAGAUCGCUGUCCGACUGUUGGCCCACAAGAUCCAGUCUCCACAGGAAUGGGAGGCGGUCCAGGCCCUGACGGUGCUGGAGGCGUGUAUGAAGAACUGUGGGAGGAGAUUUCAUAAUGAAGUGGGAAAGUUCCGUUUUUUGAAUGAGUUAAUCAAAGUCGUCUCUCCAAAGUACCUGGGGGACAGGGUGUCUGAGAAAGUGAAGACCAAGGUUAUCGAGCUGCUUUAUAGCUGGACCAUGGCCCUGCCAGAAGAAGCAAAGAUCAAAGAUGCCUACCAUAUGUUGAAGAGACAGGGCAUAGUGCAGUCUGACCCACCAAUCCCUGUGGACAGGACGCUGAUCCCCUCUCCACCACCUCGUCCCAAAAACCCUGUUUUUGAUGAUGAGGAGAAAUCCAAGCUUUUAGCCAAGUUGCUGAAAAGCAAAAACCCAGAUGACUUGCAAGAGGCCAACAAGCUGAUCAAGUCCAUGGUGAAGGAAGACGAGGCGCGGAUCCAGAAGGUGACCAAGCGUCUGCACACGUUAGAGGAGGUCAACAACAACGUGAAACUGCUCAGCGAGAUGCUGCUUCACUACAGCCGAGAGGACUCUUCAGAGGGAGAUAAAGAGCUCAUGAAGGAGUUGUUUGAUAGGUGUGAGAACAAGAGGAAGACGUUAUUUAAACUAGCCAGUGAGACAGAGGACAAUGACAACAGUUUGGGGGACAUCCUGCAGGCCAGUGACAACCUCUCCCGGGUCAUCAACUCUUAUAAAACAAUUAUUGGAGGGCAGGUCAUCAAUGGUGAGGUGGCCACCUCAACCAUGCCAGACUCUGAAGGGAACAAUCACUCCAGUAACCAAGGCACUCUCAUCGACCUUGCUGAGUUGGACACACUGAGUAGUCCGUCCUCUGCGUCGGCUCCGGCACCCACUCCCCCAUCCUCAGGCAUCCCGAUCCUCCCUCCUCCCCCCCAGACCUCAGGUCCUCCACGCAGCCGCUCAUCCAGCCAGGCCGAGGCCCCCCUGGGACCCAGCAGCACAAACAGUGCCCUCUCCUUGCUGGACGAAGAGCUGCUCUGCUUGGGCCUCACUGACCCAGCCCCUAAUGUUUCUCCCAAAGAGUCAGCUGGAAAUAGCCAGUGGCACCUGUUCCAGAGUGAACAGUCCAACGUGGACUUCUUCAGCCCCAAGCCGGGGCCUGCUGCCUGUAGCGCCUCAGAGGCUUCUCUGCUCCAGGCCUCGGCCCUCUCCUCAGGCAACUCCCAAGCUCCACUGCUGCCUCCCUUCCCAGCCCCUGUGGUCCCAGCCAGUGUUCCUGCCUCCAGUGUGGGUUCCUUCCUGUUCUGUACUGGACUGGCCCCAAAGGCUGAGCCUGCAGUCCCUGAUCAGCAUAGCUCGGCACUGGGUGAUAGCACCCUGCACCACCUGGAUGCCCUCGAUCAGCUUCUGGAAGAGGCCAAAGUGACAUCAGGCCUGGUGAAACCUGCCUCCUGCUUUUCCUCUGGGGCUACGGCCUCCCCUCUGAUCCCCACCACCCCAGCCAGGCCUCUCCUGCCCUUCUCCACCGGGUCUGGCAGCCCUCUCUUCCAGCCACUGGCCUUCCAGCCUCAGGGCAGCCCCAUGAAGGGGCCCCAGCUCUCCCUGGCCAGUGUCCACGUGCCCCUGGAAUCAAUCAAACCUAGCAGUGCCCUUCCUGUGACAGCCUAUGAUAAAAAUGGCUUCCGCAUCCUCUUCCACUUUGCCAAGGAGUGUCCUCCAGGACGGCCUGAUGUGCUGGUGGUGGUGGUGUCCAUGCUGAAUACAGCUCCCUUGCCAGUCAGGAGCAUCGUGCUGCAGGCUGCAGUGCCCAAGUCCAUGAAAGUGAAAUUGCAGCCACCCUCUGGGACAGAACUCUCUCCAUUCAGCCCCAUCCAGCCACCUGCAGCCAUCACCCAGGUCAUGUUGCUGGCCAAUCCACUGAAGGGAGGUGGGCCAAGCCCAGUGGCCCAAGAUGGUGUUUGGGCCCAGAGUGAGAAACGGUACACUGGGGUCCUACCUUCUGCGGGCAGCAGCAUCCUGGAACGGCCGCUGAGUGAUGAGUUGCGCGCUUAUCCCUGGCAGCGGCAUGUUAUGUCCUAUGGACAUCUCAGCAGGACAUGGAACUCAGCCUAGCAGAAACAGAACUUGGCCUUCUGAUAGCCUAAACUAGGGAUAGGUAAGAAAAUGAAGAGAACCAAUAUUUUCCCUUCUCCAAAAGCAGGUGAGCUUUCUGGGAAAAGCGUGCCUCCAAUUGUGGGGCAGGCCAUCCUACUCACUACCUCUUGCUUGGCAUGAAAUAAACUGCUGUCCUCCCCUUAGAAUCUCUGAAGGGAAGGACAAUUCCUGUGUCCUCCUGCUUUGGCGUCUCCCUGCUUUGGCCUCCUCCUCCCACCAGAUGGCAUGUGGUGUGGUUGGACACCGGAGGCCUCAGGGUCAAGCACGUUGCACUAGACAUGUCCUAACGUGCUGCCCAGAAACCCUGUUCCCAGCUACCAAGGGGCACUGUCAGCAAGAUGUUGGGUCUGGAGGUGAUGAGAUAUCAGAGCCAUGCUUGAGCCAAGUCACCAGAGCCUGUGCUUCAACAGUACUUUGCCCCAGCUGCUCUGACAGGUGGAUGCAGUCCUGGGCCAGGGAUACCAGGCCUGACUAGGCAACAGGAAAGAGAACCACCAGCUGCCACAGAAGCUGGGGAAGAGCACACAACUCAGCUGGUUGGACAUCUCUGGGAAAAGGGAGGUGGCACAAACCACAUUCCCUGAUCCCCGCACCCCUUGCAAGACUCCCUUUACUCUGGAUCAAGAGGUCAUCUCCCUUCCCCUCGCUGUCUUUAGCAAGCAGGUUUCACUGCUUCAUUAGGACAGG